ACAAAACAAAGAAGACAAACAAAAGGAAAAACAGGAGGAGAAAGAAGAGAACGAAAACGAGAGAAGAAAAAUGUCCCUUCCUUUAUCUUUACCAUCUAUCAUUCGUUGUUUAGUAGUGUCACACAUUAUUUUGAAACAGGUUAGGAACACUACAAAUAAAAGAAAAAAAGAAAAAGAAAAAAAAAACAGAACGAAAAUUUGCCUGUGACUUAUGUAGUGUUGGAAAUACUGCCAACACUCAGGGCAAAAGUUAAUAUCAAAACUGAAACAAAGCCGUGUUUUGUGAAGCGGUUUAGUAACAGGACAUUGGGAGAAAGCACGUUAGCUCACUUCAUAGUAAAACAGGUCCUGCAAGGCCAGGUAACUCAGGAAGCAGAGUGGUAAUUAUUCACAGAAGAAAGCCGGUAGUGUACUGUUACAAUACUACUGUAGCAAGUCAGAAGGUCGCUAGGCUUCCAGGGUAGCUGACACAGCCCGAAACUGCUUGGCCCCCUUUAAAAAGAGAGAAUAAAAUGGGAGAGAAUGAAGCUGGCUUACCUAACAUGUCUUUGCAAGGUAAAAAGAUGGCUUAUCAGAAGGUGAAGGCAGAUCUAAGAACCUCAGGACAUUCACAGUACUUAGACAAUGAUGAACUUCAAGCCACUGCCCUUGAUUUAGAGUGGGAUAUGGAGAAGGAACUGGAAGAGCCGGGCUUUGAUCAGUUUCAACCAGAUAGUGCUGAGCAUCAGAACUUGGGGCACUCUGAGACUUUGGACCUCCAUCUUGAUUCCAUUCAACCAGCAACGUCACCCAAAGGAAGAUUUCAGAGGCUUCAAGAAGAGUCUGACUGUGUGACCCACUACACAAGAUCUGCACCAAAGAACAACCACUGCAGUUUUUGCUACAUGUUAAAAAUACUGUGCAUAGCUACUACUCUAUUUAUUUUUGGAAUUAUAAUAGGUUAUUAUGCACACAUGAAUUGUCCUUCUGAUGCCUCACCAUCAGGAACAAAUAACCCUCAGUUAUACCAAGAUAUUCUGAAGACAAUCAAAGCAGAAGAUAUAAAGAAAUCCUUCAGAAAUUGGCUACAACUCUAUGACAGCAAGGAUGACAUGGAAAUUGCAAAGAAGAUUAAGAGUCACUGGAUUGCAUUGGGCUUGGAAGAUACACAGUUUAUAAACUAUUCCGUGCUGCUGGAUUUUCCAGGGUCCUCUCCAGGCACCAUCACUCUGAGCAGCACUGGCCAGUGCUUUUAUCCUGAUGGCCAACCUUGCAGGGAAGAAGCCAGAGGAGGCCACAGCCAAGAUCUGUUCUUCUCAUAUGCAGCCUAUUCUGCCAAAGGAACUCUCCAGGGUGAUGUCAUCGAUGUGAGUUAUGGAACUAUGGAUGAUUUAAAACGGAUUACAAAGUUGAAAAAUACUACAAAUCAAAUUGCACUCCUGAAAUUAGGAAAAUUACCACUACUGUAUAAGAUUUCCUUAUUGGAAAAGGCUGGGUUUGGAGGUGCGCUUCUCUACAUUGAUCCCUGUGAUGCAGCAGAGUCUUCAGUCCUUAGCUCUGAGCCUUUUGUGGUGACUCUGAAUCCAGGAGGAGACCCCUCUACACCUGGAUACCCCAGUCAUGAUGGAAGCUUUAGAAAAAGCCGAACAAACCUCACCUCCCUGCUAGUGCAGCCUAUCUCUCCAUCCCUCGUUAAAAUGCUCAUCUCUUUGCCAAAACUGAAAAUGGAUAAAGAUGCCUGCAGUCCUCUAGAGCUUCCACAUAAUGAAAAGAGAACUGUCAGUUUGCAGGUACAGACAGUCACACAGUUUAAAACAGUGUCUAAUGUUGUUGGAUAUCUAAGAGGCUUGACAUCACCAGACCGGUAUAUUAUAGUUGGCAGCAACCACCAUGCUGGAUACAGUUAUAAAGGUCAAGAAUGGGCCAGCAGUACUGCAGUAAUCACAGCAUUUAUUGAAGCUAUGAUGUUAAGAGUGAAGAAAGGAUGGAGACCAGAACGCACUAUUGUUUUCUGCUCAUGGGGAGGAACACCCUGGGGCAAAAUUGGCUCCUAUGAAUGGGGAGAGGAUUUUGUGAAGAUUCUACAAAAAAAUGCUGUGGCUUACAUUGGCCUUCAUAGCCCCAUCCGGGGCAACUCCAGUCUAUAUCCAGUAGUGUCUCCAUCGCUCCAGCAACUGGUUAUAGAGAAAAUUAAGUUCACGUGCAUGCAGAGAGCUCAGUGCCUGGGAGCCAAUGUCAGCUCUGUGCAGAUACAAGGUGAUGCUGAUUAUUUCAUCAACCAUCUUGGAGUUCCAACUGUGCAGUUUGCUUAUGAGGACAUCAAAACAUUAGAGGGUCCAAGUUUUCUCUCUGAGGCCAUUUUUCCUACACAUGCAACAAAAAUUGAAGAAGUGGAUCCGUCUUUCAGCCUCCAUGAAGCCAUUACUAAGCUCUCAGGAGAAGUAAUUUUACAAAUUGCCAAUGAACCAAUACUGCCCUUCAAUGCCCUCGAUAUAGCAUUAGGAGUUCAAAACAGCCUUAAAGGUAAUGAGCCUAGUGUUCCUCACCUGCUUGCCUUAGCAUCAAGACUGAGGGAAAGUGCAGAGCUCUUCCAGUCAGAUGAGAUGCGACCUGCUAAUGACCCAAAGGAGAGAGCUCCCAGCCGUGUCCGAAUGCUGAAUGACAUCCUUCAAGACCUGGAGAAGAACUUCCUGGUGCAGUGGGUACCACCAGGUUUUUAUAGAAAUAUCCUGUACCAUCUUGAUGAGAAGACAAACCAGUUUUCCAUUCUUAAGGAGGCUUGGGAGCACUGCAAUCCACAGACAUCAAAUGAGACUUUUCAAGAGGCCCUGUCCAAUGUGCUGAAUAGCAUUAAUUCAGCUCAUAUUUCCUUCAAAGUAGGACUGGAUGUGUUUGAGAGUGUCUUACUUGGAAAGAACUGAAAAAAAUGCUCAGACUUUUUCAAGAUUUGUUUACAAUUGUAACAGAAAAAGCUCUAAUUUGACCAGGUGUUUGUCUGUUUGUCUUGCUGUUUUUUAUUGUCACUGAAGACCUCCCUGAAGUUUAAAGCUAUUAUGCAAUGUAAUUUUUAAUGUAAAUGAGAGAGAACAUUUUGUACUUUUAAAAUAUUUUCUUAUAACUCCACUGGAGUAUGUAAUAACAAUUAUUGAAAUAAUACUUAUGAUUUAUCUAUUACAGAGAAAUAUGCCAUAUUUUUAGAAAUAAAACGGUUGCGAGGAGGUUAAGAUAUUCUUGGCAUUGUCACUACUGUGGACAGAAUGUGGAGGAAUGCCAGUAUUCUCUCUGAUGAAACCUCCAGGGAGUCUAAUGUAGACAUGGAGACCUGAUAAGGUUUUAGAUAAUUUUGCAAGUAUCUGUUCAAUGUUAAGCCAUGAUGCAUUCUGAAUGAGUGAUUGAUGCCCAAGACCACUUCGAAUGUUUCUAUUUUAUAAAUGAAGCCUGUCUUCUUAACACAACUAGAUGUAGUAAUACACUGGUUAUGAAAUUGUAUUUUGUAAGAAAUAAUGAAAAAAAAAAAGCCAUACGCAUUCCAAGGGGGAAAUUCCCAAGAAACUAGAUGGAGCAAUUUAAAUGUAAAUUCUUCCCAAAGUGACACAUUUUGAAACCCUUAAAUUGCCUCAGUUGAUGCUACAUGAACUUCAGCAGUGAUGUACAUUGACAAGGAAGGGAAUAUUUCCUACUUUACUUUCUGUGCUUUUUUACAGAAUUACAGAAACAGGAACUGUGCUAAAGGAGUACCACACAUGGCUGUCCCUUCCUACAUCUUCCUCACAACCUCUUGCUCUAAUGUCACUUUAACAGAACACCAUAUAACUAUGAUGGAAAAAUGGCAAAGCUUGUCUUUGAAAAUCCAAAAUAUCACCAAAUACAACUAAGUGUUGUUUUAUACAACUGGCAAAAUAAACUCUAUUAUAAAACAUAUGUUUGUUUUGUCAACAAAUACUCUAAAUUCAGAAAGAAAAUUUUAACAUCUCCCCCAUUUGUUAUCCUUUAUAGUGGCAAUGCUUUAUAGCAUUCCCCUUAUGCUAUCAAAAUUGGAGUGAAUUAAGGCCUGUUCACACACAGUUCUCUCAUGUAGGAGAGGGGCUUUGUAUCUUGACUUUGACAUCUAGUAGCUCCAGAAUCUUUAGUCCCUCUAAAGUGGAAGAUUCUGCCUAGUUGUGGACAAGUAAAACUUUUAUCCUACAUUUUUACAACAUAUUUGUUAAAAUAAUAAUUUUCUUGUAUUGGGUAAUGCAGUUUCCCUUUGGAAAGAGACCAUGAGAAUAGUUCCCUAACUAUUUCAAUCCUGAAAAAAUUGCCAUUGCCAUCCUGUGGUCUUCCCUAUUUUUUCUGUCUUUACUUCUUUAACAUAAAAGUAAGGUUAGUUAAAAAGGAAGCUAGAGUUGAGAGAAAAGAAUUAACCAUCAUUGGGUAAGUGAUUGGCAAGGACCAUCUCCCACCAUUAUUAGUGGUUGCUUUCUCAAAGCAAUGAACUGAGGCAAUUAUGUAAUUAAUUUUACAAUUCAAGCAGAAACACAUGUUUAUCUGAAGUGCCUAUGUACAAACAUCUUCAUAUGAUAAAUGAAAUAUCUUGUAAUAUUUUAAUGCAUGUAUUUAAUGUAAUGAUUUUAACUGUACUUGCUUGAGAACCUUAUGCCACAUUUUUUAAUAUGUAUACAAAGGCAUUUAGAAGGUUUGGCCCUGCCUACCCAGCACUGCCUCUUCUCCAUUAUCUUCAGAUAUCAGAAGAACAAAUGGGUUCAGAUAACCCAUACUGCAAGAGAGUCAAAACUCAUGUCAAAGAGUGUUUCAUACUGAAUCAAAGCUUAUGCAGUUCAUAGUAUGGAGUUGAAUUUGGUAGAUUAUCAUCUUAGAUCAAAUCUCUACAUUGUUUUAGUACAACAUUUCAAAAAGUAUUGAGAACAGAAAAUCACCAUUAAGGAUUUUGUAAAGACUAUGUACAUAGGUAAAGAAAUUAUAUAUGAAAUCUAUUUUUCUUCCUUCUAAAUUUAUUGUAUUUGUUCAGUAAAAUACAGUUAACCUUUGGCUAGUAUAUCCUAUUAGGUCAUUUAAAAGCCUGUAUAAAGUGUUUAAAUUAGAUUUAAAACAUACAUUCAUGAAUCCUGAAGAUGAUGCUUCAUGUUUUGAUUUUACCUAGCUCUGAUCUCUUACAACAUGUAUCGCAACUCUGACAUGUUUGUCUCAAGACAUUUUCAGAUGCGUAACAUGUUAACUUUUUGCAGAACUCCUUAGUAGAUACAAUCCUGAACAAGGUAGUGACAAGUGGUGUGUGAAUUGGUAGUACAUUCAAACUGAUACAAAGACAUCUAGGCAUCAAGUACCACUCAAAGUAGUUCAUGUAGAAAUAUGCCCAGGAGACAGCAAGUCAUAGAUAACCCAUUUAACCCCCUCUCCCCCACAAAAUAAAGCCUAUGCCACGAGCCUGUGUCCAGGCUGAAUAUCUGGGUAUAUUACUCCUGACCUGAGAGACAAAAGGGAGUCUGUCGGCCAAGAUCUAGGUCAAUGAUCUGGCUUUUAAUCAUAAAACCACCACUAUACAAAUCAGAUGCAGUACUGGAGCAAGAUGAAUGGGGAAAUGUGGACAUAGGCAUGUGUUCAGAGAGUGACUAAAGUCACCUGGAUUUUCAGGCUCUCAAUAUUCUUGUCCAGUGUACACUGUCCUCCCUUCGAGAAGGCAGAACUAUAGAUGACCUUUCCAGAGAAUUAGUUGAAAGUAGCCCCCAAGUCUGAUGCUGUUUUGAGCUUGGAACAGGAUUUUAAUGCCAGACAAGAUCCUAUGUUGAAUAUACUUGACAAAAAUGUUCCCAGAAUAUCCGGGCAAAUAGCACAAAGUCUGAGGAAUGACUGUAUAUGAUGCCAGAAGUCAGAAAGAAAGAUGCUGAGCAAAAUAUAACAGGGGUAACUGUUACCUGGAAACAGCAACAGUGUUGGUUUGAAGUGUGAAACUUGAGGAAGGAGUCUUCAGAAUAUUUAUUCUCAGAUUUGAUUGCAUCUAGUUUAAUGAUUUCUAAUCAAUAUUAAUCCUGUAUCCUGAUAAUACAUCCUUCUGAAACUCAUUAAAGUAAAAGAAAGGAAAGUCAAAUUAAUGAGGAACCCCAAAGAUUUUUCACAGUGAAAUCAUUAAAACCCCAAAUGAGGGACUGGAAAGAUGGUUCAGCAGAUAGGAACACUGACAACUUAAUCAUGAAGACUUGCAUUCAGUUCCAGCACCUGUCUGGGAGUACAUAAAUGCUUUCACUAAGGGAUUCAAUUCCCCAUGCCUAGUCUUCAAAUAUAUCACAUACACACAUUCACAUAUUAACAAACCUCAAACAAAAUAUAUUAAAUACAAAGAUGAUCUGUUAUAUCUGUAAAAGAGCUGUAAGCUGUAGCCGAAAUUCAUGACAGCUACGGACUAGACAUGGCUUACUUUUGUUCCCCUUAGUUGACUAUAUAGCAACCGAUUUAACAAGGAAGAACCCAGAUUUAAUGAGACAUCUUCAGAAUUUUCAGAUUAAUGAUGAUGAUGAUAAUAAUAAUAAUAAUAAAUGUUGUGUUGUUUCUUUCUUCUCAGAGGGAUCCUGUAAUAUCACCAAGGCCUUCUUUAUACCAGGUGCUGUAAAGAACAGUGUUUCUGUUUGAGAGCACAAUGUGAUGUAAGAUUUUGAGGUAGCCUAACACAUAAAAGAAGCCACAGCUAGAUCACCAGCAGCCUUUACUAGGAGCCAUUCAUCUGCAAAACACCUAAAAAGCAGCAUACAUAAUCUUCAAUAGCUAUAGUCCAUCUAAAAAAUGGUAUAUAUGUGUAAGCUUGAAAACAUCUAAAAAAGUGAAAACUAAGCACAGAUAUACUAUCAGGACAACUAGGCUUCAAGUUGUGAAACCAAGUACAAUGCACUAAUCUCAUAAUUUCCUAUCCUGAAUGUUUGUACAAUUCAUUAAGAAAACAACAGGUGCACUGAUUUUGGAAUGAAGCUAUAUAUCAGACUCUAAACCUCAACUUCUUAAAUAAACACAUAGCAUGUCACCAUUUUGUUUGCUAGAAAGAUAAGCUAUGCUUUCAGACUCAGAAAAACAAAAUAUUUGUUAUAAUUUUAUCCGUUGUGAAUCGGGAUCUUGCCUGAUUAAAAAAUAAAUUAUUUGCAGAAUAAAUUGGUAGAUGUAGUCACUAAUGUUCUCCAGAGACUCUCUGUGGUAUGUGUAAUUAAUUACUGAAAUAAUUAAGCUCUCCUUGAAGAUUACACAUUGCCAUCUCAUUGGUUUAACAUGUUACCAAAAUGUGGCUUGGCAACACAUUUUUGUAAUAGAAAAGAAUUGCUUUAAACUGCCAAUACAUAUGCUGAGUAGAAGGGAAAUGGUUUUUACAUAUUCCAAUAAAUUAUUUUCCAAUGUGUUAAUCUGAAAGACUGGGAAUUUAACUUAGGCAUGGGGGAACAAGUAUUUGCUGAGCUAUGCUUUCAAACUCAGAACUCUUGCAUGAGUUUAAAUUUCUAACACCAACAAAAAAAAAGGCUCAUUUUUUUUGAAUGGUAAACCAUUCUGAAAUCUAAAAGAGCAUUGAGAGUUCCAAGUACCCUAUCACGUAUGAAUACCCUUUAGUUGAACAGAAUUGUUUUUUCAGAUUUUAAAUUUGAAAUGAUAUAAAUGUGAAGAAUUGAAAACCAUAAUGUAGAAUGUUUUAAUGUAGACUGUUUCUGGUCAUCACCAUGUUCACUCAGAAAUAUAUUUUCUUUUCUUUCUGGGUACCCUUUAGAAAUGGUACUAGUCAUUCCCUUUCUGAAGAAGUGGUUUUUAAGACCCACCUAUUUAACAUAAAUGUAUCUGUUAAUCACCUAGAGGUUUCAUUACAUAAUGCCUUUACAUUAUCCUCCAAAGAUGUGCACUAAAAGGGCCUUCAGCAUAGAGGCUGUCAAGAACCUAAAACAUACUCCCCCCCAAUCCCCUACACCCCCACUCCCAAAUUAUACUCAGCAAAGCCAAAGAAAUGCAUGACUUCUCUAAUUUGUUAUUUCAAGGAUUUAGUCAAGAAUUAGAACACAUGCUCCUGAUUGAUUUCCUUCACCGAAAGAAAGCAUUAAUGACUGUGCACAGAGCCUUAACAGUAUUUUGCUCCUUUCAUGGCCUAAGCCAAUAAGCACUGACAUAGCUUUUCUCAGAGUAAAACACAUUUUAUUUUCCAGGGGCUGAUUAAUUUGCACCACUUCAGUCACAAAAAGACUACACAGGUGCCUGUCCUAUGCCAUAUACCAUGUGUUCUAGUUUUGUAAGCUCAAGAGAUUAAUAUGCAAUCAUCAAUAUGAAUGAUUGUGCUGUAUUAAAGUUGAAAUUGGUCUUUUAUUCUAAAUAAAGUGUAGACUUGGUAUCUGUACCGAACUUCACUGAAGAAAUUAAGUUAGAUUCCUUAUUCUAAUGGACUACAUAUAUUUUUCAAUCAAAAUAUAUGAUUAUUUACUUAUCUAUAUUCUUCAGUAAUUAUAACUUUAUAGAUCCUUCAGGGGACCUAAAUUCAAUAUGUGGCCAUGCAGAUGGUUAAUACCUGGGUUUCACCUUUGUGAUUUCUUACUUUUGUAAUAAUUUAUUUUUAAGUAUACAAAGUGGGAUUAUAUUAAUAAUAAUGUUUUUAUUUGGUUUUUACAAAAAUGUGUGAUUGGACAUUACUCUGGAACUUAGAACAAUAUAUGACUAAUAAGGAUGAUUCAAACAAAAUAUUUCACUAUACCAUUAUGGCUUCUCUGCAGGAAGCAAUACACCCAAAUGGUUAAGUGUAGCUAACAUAAUUAUAUUCCAAGGAUGUUACAGAUAAUUCUACUCAGUAGCAAAGCCCAACUCUAUUAGGUGAUUGAGUGUGUACACUGCAAACAAAAGGGGCUAGUGGUGAACAUAUUCCACAUGUUUUUACUUGCUAUUUUGGAAAAAAAAAAUACAUCAGAUGAACAACUUCCUGGGGCAUUCUAAUGUUUUUGUUUGUUUUUAGAGACACUGAGAAAAUUGCAUGACAUUUUGAUAAUACUUUUCUAUAGGGGCUUCCAAUGUUCAAUAUACAGGAAUUUAAUAUUUUUAGCUUUGUUUGCCGUGUUUGUAAUAAAAUAUUUAAAUUGAACAUUUUUAUAAAAAUUAUUUUUUCAGUGCUAUAAUAUCAAAAAUGUAAUUGUAGAAUUAUAAAUAAAAUAGAUCGGGAUAAAAUUUAUAGAUUCAUUGAACAAAACAUAAAGGGUAACUUUACCAAAUAAAUGUACUUUAAUUAAAAACAAAGCACUUAUCCAAGAUAUAUGUCCAUUAUUAAAUUGCACUGAACUAUCUUAGUGUCACCUUUUGUUCAAGAAAGCUUUAUUAUUGUCUGUGAUUGAUGAAUCUUAUUGCAUAUAGAUUUCUAAAGUCAUUUCUGUCCUUAAUUUUUAAUGACAUAAAUUUUAUAGGUAUUUGUCUGCAUUUUUCAAUGACUAUAUAUUGUCAAAAUUUAUUGUUUUUGCAUUUUCCCCAAGUUUGACUGUAACACAGUGUAUAACCAUUUUAUGUUACUUCAAAUGAUUCAAUAUGAAGGUUUUGGUGUGACUAAGAGUGAUAAAAGUGGAUCGAGUUCCCAAAUCCUUUAAGAAUGAGUGAUUAUUUUAUGCUCUACUUGCUUAAAUAUUUGUAUAUAAUGGAAAACAUAGUAAUCUGAAUGAAAAUACCUUCAAAUGACAUGUUUUGAAUCAUAAAUGGAUAUUUUUAAAGCAUAAAUUUCAAGUAUAUUAAUUAAAGUUGAAAAUUAG